GAGGAGAGGAGAGGAGAGGAAAGGAAAGGAGAGGGGGGUCACUCUGACAUCCUGCCAAGCAGUUGGAAAAAGCAUCGGCGCACGAAACCAGACCCCUACUAGACAAAUCGAGGCAGAUCGUCAUGCACACAGCAGCCAGAAAGAAGGAGGGAUCACAUCCACGAGCUACCCCUCAACUGUCUCGCGCUGGAGAGAAAAACAACAGGAUGUGUAUGAUCUGACGCGACCGCGCGCUCCGGUUUAUAUAUAUAUAUAUUUAUAUAUAUUUUCCAAAUUCGAGGACGCACGUUUGCGAUCAUGAAUCCGGCCGAGCAGACGGUUACGUGGCUCAUCGCGCUCGGUGUGCUGGAGUCGCCGAAAAAGCGCGUGUCGGAUCCCGAGAGCUUUCUGCAGAGCUCGCUGAGAGACGGCGUGGUGCUGUGCAGGCUGCUCGAGCGACUGCGCCCCGGGUCGCUCCUCACGGUCUUUCAGGAGCCGAAGAGCGACGGUGAGAGCUUGAGCAACAUCAGGGAGUUCCUCAAAGCCUGUGCUUCAUAUCGAGUGGAGACAUUCGAAGCUGAUGACCUGUUUCAGGGCCAGAACUUCACCAAGGUGCUGAAUUCCUUGGUUGCUCUCAACAAAGCGACAGCAGAUACUGGAUCCGGCAGUGACUCCAUAUGUGUUCAACACUCCUCUCUGCGAAUCAAGUCGUUUGACUCCCUGAACUGUCAGCCUUCCCGCAGGAGAUCAUCCAAACGAGUGCACAGCCAGUAUUGCAUUCUGGACAUGUCUGAGAACAGUUCAGCUCAGCUGUUGGUGAAGGCGCGGUUUAAUUUCCAGCAGACGAAUGAAGAUGAAUUGUGCUUCCACAAGGGUGACAUCAUCCAGGUGACUCGGCAGGAGGAGGGAGGCUGGUGGGAAGGCACGAUCAGCGGCAAGACCGGCUGGUUCCCUAGCAACUACGUCAAAGAGAUCAAAGGAAGUGACAAGCCCAUCUCCCCCAAGCCCGGGACGCUGAAGAGUCCUCCCAAAGCGUUCGAGACCAGCGCUGUUACUAAGACCUACUAUAACCUGGUGAUCCAGAAUAUUGUGCAGACAGAAACAGAAUAUGGCAAAGAGCUCCAAACACUGCUUUCGACAUACUUGAGACUACUGCAGCCCACAGACAGACUGACCGUGACGGAUAUCGCUCACAUUCUGGGCAAUCUAGAAGAGAUCAGCUCCUUCCAGCAGACUCUGGUACAGUCACUAGAGGAAUGCACCAAAUUUCCAGAGAGCCAGCAGAGGAUCGGGAGCUUCUUCCUGUCCCUCAUGCCCCAGAUGAAGAGUCUUUAUGUAGCUUACUGCUCCAACCACCCUUCUGCUGUCGAUGUUCUCACACAACACGGAGAGGAGCUGGGUGAGUUUAUGGAGAGUAAAGGUGCAAGCAGUCCUGGGAUUCUCACCCUCACCACCAACCUUAGUAAACCCUUCAUGAGACUGGACAAAUACCCUACACUGCUCAAAGAGCUGGAGAGACACAUGGAGGAUUUUCACCCGGACCGCCCAGACAUUCAGAAAAGCUUGACUGCUUUCAAGAAUCUUUCUGCACAGUGUCAGGAGGUGAGGAAGCGGAAGGAGCUAGAACUGCAGAUUCUGAACGAGCCGGUGCGUGGUUGGGAAGGGGAGGGCAUUAAGACCCUGGGCAACGUCAUCUACAUGUCUCAGGUCCUCAUGCAGAACCAUGGCAGCGAGGAGAAGAAUGAGCGUUACCUGCUGCUCUUCCCCCACGUGCUGCUGGUGCUUUCUGCCAGCCCUCGGAUGAGCUGCUUUAUCUACCAGGGGAAACUUCCUCUAACAGGGAUGUCUGUUAACAAGAGUGACGAAACAAGAAAUGCUUUUGAAAUAUCCGGGAGUAUGAUUGACAGGAUCCAGGUGAUCUGCAAUAACCCUCAGGAUUUACAGGAGUGGGUGGAGCAUCUUCACCGCCAGACCAAACGCACAUCAACCAGCAUUUCCAGUUUAAAACCAUGCCAUACGCUCCCCUCUCACCCGCCCACCCCUUCGAGACACUCAGAGAGCAGGGGAGCCUACCACACCCUUCCUCACCCCUCCUCCCACUGCACCCCACACAGCACCAUGAUGUGGGGACCCUUGGAGCCGCCAAAAACCCAGAAACCCUGGAGCCUGAGCUGUCUGCGACCAGCACCACCACUGAAAGCAUCAGCAGCUCUCUGUUAUAAAGAGGAUCUCAGCAAAAGCCCCAAGAGCAUGAAGAAGCUUCUGCACAAACGCAAAGAGAGGAAGCCCUCAGACGAGGAAUUUUCUAUGAGGAAAAGUACUGCAGCCCUGGAGGAGGAUGCGCAGAUCCUGAAAGUAAUAGAGGCAUACUGCACAAGUGCCAAGACAAGACAAACACUCAACUCAACAUGGCAGGGCACUGAUUUGAUGCAUAAUCACGUGCUGGCUGACAUUGGCCAGUCGCGUGUGGAGGCUGCCGGUUGCCGUGCCAGUGUGUUGCGCCUGGAACUGUCGUCUGACCAAUCAGAAGACUCGGACUAUGACAGUAUAUGGACAACUCAUAGUUACAGGAUGGGUUCCACCUCUCGUUCAAGGAAGGAUUCGGGGCUGCAUAUGCUUUUCCCUGAAGAGGAGAAGAUCAUUGUAGAAGAAGUAAAGAGCAAUGGUCAGACAGUGAUUGAAGAGAGGAGUUUGGUGGACACUGUAUAUGCACUGAGGGAUGAAGUUCAGGAACUCAAGCAGGAUAACAAGAGGAUGAAGAGCAGUUUGGAGGAGGAGCAGAAAGCAAGGAAAGAGCUGGAGAAGAUAGUCAGGAGAGUAUUAAAAAACAUGAAUGACCCUUCAUGGGAUGAAACAAAUCUGUAAAGUUCAAUGAAGAUUGUUAUGCAUGUGGUCCAUGCCGGCACGGACAGAGGAUUUAAAACAAAAAACACUGUAAAACUGAGAACAGCAUGAUGCAGCUGAAGAACUAGGCAUAACUUUGGACCAAGAAAGCCUUUUCAGCUGAGCAUAGAGUUGAAGGUAAUGGAGAUACUAACAGGCUGGAAUGGAUCCAGUUGCUGAGUAAAGGCUCUUUAAGUUUGCCAGUGCCAAAUUUGCUGGUUUUUGCCAAAUAGCCUCUGAACUGCAAGAAUAAAUCAAGGAACAAAUAUUAAAAUAAGUGGCCAAAUACA